ACAGUGACAUGGACUUAUGUAGGUUAUCAGACGCACUGGAGCCCCCUUGAGCAUUUCUGAAAUUAAUGUCAGAAUGACGAAUAUGAUGAAGGGCUGCGAUGAAUAUUUCAUGUAUGACCCAUAUGAGGGAAAGAGAGAGGGAGCGAGCAGGAGAGAUGCUGAGAGACGCUGUGCUGGGUUCGGCGGAUACUGAGCUGGUGGUGAUGAUGCGGGGAGGCUGACAGACAGACGGAGGGAGGGUCUAUUCCACGCGUGGAUUAUUAUUGCUCUGCGUCGCUCUCUAUCCAGAAGGGAAGCACCCGAGGAAAAUCGGAAGAAACCGAAGCCCAGACCCGAAAAGAGCUGACUCCAAAAGCCAAAGUGAGAAACCACAGCGAUCGGACAGGGUGAUGACGGUGCCCUCGGCCCAUGAGUUCCAUUGGCAGAGCCUGGCAUGUCUUUCCAGUGCCCGCGUGUAUCACUCAUUGGCUGAUGUCGGGGGGCAGCUUUACAUGGUGGGGGGUUGCGAUGCCUCUGGUCGACCCACCAGCGCUCUUGAGCUCUACUCGCCCGAGUUGGACCGCUGGCUCAGUCUUCCUUCGAUGCCCACGCCAAGAGCAGGGGCUGCAGUGGCUGUUUUGGGUAAGCAGCUGUUGGUGGUCGGUGGGAUGGGGAAGGACCAGCGCCCCCUGAAGGCCGUGGAGGCGUACAACACAGAAGAAGGCAAAUGGAGGAAGAGGUGCUCACUCAGAGAGGCGUCCAUGGGGCUUUCUGUCACUGUUAAAGACGGCAGAGCUCUUGCUGUUGGGGGAAUGGCAGCAGACCUCCUGCCUAGAAGUGUUCUCCAGCAGUACGACCUUCGCAAGGACGUAUGGGCGCUCCUUCCGCCCAUGCCCACCCCGCGCUACGAUACCAGUGUCUGCCUACUGGGCUCCAAGAUCUACGUGGCAGGUGGACGUCAGUGUAAGCGUUUGGUGAAGGCGUUUGAAGUCUUUGACAUGGAAAACCGCACUUGGUCCUCCCUACCCAGUCUGCUCUGCAAGAGAUCUUAUUCUGGAGUCAUAUGGGACAGCGCUGGGCGUCUCUGCUGGUUAGGAGGGCUCAGACAAGGAGGAAUACACCAAAGUUCAAAGUUCACCAAGAAUGUUAACAUCUUUGACACCAACCAAGGAAUUUGGUUGAAAUCAGAGGACACCGUACCCUUGAAGACCAAGCGAGCAGACUUUUCCGCAGCCAUAGUGCGAGGCAGAAUGAUCGUGGCGGGAGGUCUAGGCCAUCAGCCAUCAGUGCUGGACACCGUUGAAGCCUUCCAUCCUGAAAAAAGAAAAUGGGAAAGGCUGUCGCCCAUGUCGACGCCGCGUUGCUCUGCUUCAAGCAUCGUGAUCCGUGAUCGCCUACUGGUGGUAGGAGGCGUCAAUCAAGUCCCAAGCUCCGCCCACGAGAUUCUAUAUGUAAAAGAGGAGGAGAUUCUUUAACCGCAGAACCUUUACACUUCAGAAAAAGUUGCCUUCAAUGAUUAAGUAAAACACAAAUUUUCACACUAAAGGCACGGUCACAUUUACCAAUGCUUGGCGAAAUUUCAUGGGCGAAAUCCAGUCAUUGCAAUUUCGCUUAUUUGCGUUAGUCAAGCGAAUUUGCCAUGCUGACCAACAGUGCUUCAUACAUCUCUACGCUAUUGAAAAUUUAUGUUUUGUUAAUGUGACCACACCUUAAAGGUAUAGUUCACCCAAAACUAAACACAAAAGAAGAUAUUUUGAAAAAUGUCAGUAACCAAACAGUUGAUGGACCCCAUUGACUUCCAUAGUAUAGAAAAAAAAUAUUAUAGAAGUUAAUGGGGUCCCAUCAACUGUUUGGUUACCGACAUUGUUCAAAAUAUCUUCUUUUGUACAGGUUUGGAACAGUUUUCAUUUUUGGGUAAACUAUACCUUUAAGUCCUGAAAUAUACUCUAUGCCAGUGUUUCCCAACCCUGUUCCUGGAGGCACACCAACAGUGCACAUUUUUGAACUCUUCCUAUUCCAACACAACUGAUUCAACUCAUUAGCUCAUUAGUAGAGACUCCAAGGCUGCAUUUAAGUCCAAGGCUGCUUCUGAAAUCGCAUACUAUAUAGGUAUAGGUACUUAUUUUGAGGAAGUAAUUACUUCACAACCACAAAAAAGUAGGUUCUAUAUAGUACGAUGAGUAUGUGUAGUAUGAAUAUAAUCCGGACAUACUACAUUCGCCAUGUUGUCAUUAUCAUGUGACCUACCAGCAUCAGUUGCGUUGCUUCACUGCCAUUCACAAAUCCUCCCCCGUGGCCUCAUGGGAUAGUAAAGUGUCCAUCGUAUGCACACUUCAAACUCUCGCCGGAAGUAUUAGGUACUUUUUGCUUACUCUUUUAUGAGUACUGUGAAUUCAGACAUACUUCUUUUGUCACAUACUGUUUUUCACCUACUAUAUAUUUACGCCCUUCCCUCUAUAACUUCCCUCCGUCUCAUUCACUCGGAUGUACAUCAUUGCUUACUUUGCAUGAGUGCCCACUGCUGGCAGAACCCUUGCAAUGUGUUUAAAUGGAACGCCCAAAGCAGGGUUGCCAGGUUUUCACAACAAAAAAUAGGAUCCCCUAGUAAAAAUCGUGUUCCGGGGGGUAAAAUCCACGUUUUUGGUGGGGAUCCCCUGGUAAAAUUCGUAUUUCAGGGGCUAAAUAUCAUGUUAUUUGGGGUCACUUCAACCCACGGACAAUUCUGUGGGAAAACCACAGACUUGGCAACACUGGCCCUAAGCCCACUUAAGCUGAUUUAUUAUUUACAGUUUUUUCCUUAUGAAUUUGUUUUACACACCAUUCUAUAGGCCUGUAUGUAUACUUGGGCUGUUGGAGAAAAUAUAAAAAAAUUACACAAACAAAAAUUAUGAUACAAUGAAUAAACUAUAACAGUCAGCUUAAGGUAGCUACAGGUAUUAUGCAGUUAAAUGUCAAAAUAACUUCGAUAUCAUACACUAGAGUUGUGUGGGGUGGGAGUAAAUUAAGCUCGACCUGCUGUGACGUCACAAUCAUGUUGCAUUGUGGUCGAUGGAUCUGUCUGAAGUGUACAUAUUGAGUAGAAUCACUCUCUUGGUCAAAAUCAAGGGGUCAAGGGUCUGUCCAAAUACACUUCACCCACUUGACGAAAUUGAACACACUUCAAAAUGGUGGGGAGGGGAAGUGCUUAGGGAAGUUUGUGUAUGUCUAAAAGUGGAGUUAAACGCAUCCCAAGACCAGAAAUAGAUGGGUCAGAUAAUGGAGACAUCCAAAAUGUGUACUAUUGGUGUGUCUCCAAGAAACAAGGUUGGGAAACACUGCUCUACGCAAAUACGCGAAUGUAAAAUAUUGGCCAAUAGAAGAGGCCGUAGAGCAGGGGUUCUUAACUCUGGCCCUCGAGGUCCACUUUCCUGGAGAGUUUAGCUCCAACCUUGAUCAAACUCACCUGCUUAUAUCUUUCUAGAAUUCCUGAAGACCUUGAUUAGGUGUGUUUGAUUAGUUAAACAAUGCAGGAAAGUGGACUUUGAGGGCCAGAGUUGAGAACCCCUGUCAUAGAGUUUCCUUCAAACUUCUGUCUUAAACUACAUUCAGGUUGCUAGCUAUAAACAUGUCAAUGGUUUAAACGAAAAAAUACGUGGAAUUUUAGCACACCUAGCACAAGAUUCUAUUCAACGACUGUAGAAAAUAGAUGUUUACAUUGAUGCCUAUAGUGCCCCUUGUGGCAAUGCUGAGAAUGCUGACAUAUUUCCUAAUGCAAUGAUGCAUGAAAUCAAACUAGAGUUGGUGUUUACAGUACGUACUUAUGUAGAGUGUGUUUCAGGCUUAAUGUCAGCACAACAAGGUUCUUGGAUGCUAGACUGUUCAAAUGAAUAAGCUACACUAUCUGAUGAGGAAUAACUAAGCACAUUUUCGGGAACAACAUGUAUUUUAGUUCCACAAAGCUCGCUGUUAAUGCCAUUUUUACAAGAUGCACAGCAACGACAAUCUGCCUCCUAAAGCCAACAGCGCCAAACACCCACCGAACGAGCUAAGCCAACAACAUAUGCACAAACACAGCCACACACUCUUUAGAAACAGAAUAAAUAAGUGUUUGAAAUAGAAACAGAUUUAGCAGUCUCCCUAUAAUGGUGUCUUGAGAUAUUUUUAGGGUAUUUACAGGGUUGCUAAUUAAUCUACUGCUAAUUUUAGCAUGAUCGGCUAGUAAUACAGCAGAGGUCUUAUUAAUAAAGUGAAGUUUUAACUUUAGGAUAUUCAUUGUGCAUACCUCCCUGCAUUAAUUGUGUAGGAGGUGAUUUUGGUGGUUUGUAUGGUGAAUAUUGUUGGUUAUUUUUCACUCAUUCUGGUCAGUUUCAUCCUUGUCUAAAGUAAAUUGCACUGCUGUAGCACAUACAUGCAAUCCUUUUUCUAAAUGUUUACAGGGUCUUUAGCAAUUUAUAGUAGCGUCAAGUACUCUUUAAAAACCCCUGAAAUCAAAUUUUGGGAGUUUUGUGGCUUUUUAAAAAUGUAAAGACAAGCCUUUUGAAGUGUUCUAGCCCAAAUAACGUGCUUUCCAAUGGGAAAUGCAUCAAAACAGGAUAGAAAACUGCCCUCUACAAAGGAUUUCAUGGGGUUUUUAAUGCUACACUAAUAAGAUAUUGAGUGUGUUUACAUGCACAACAAUUCAGCUCAUUCUGAAAUCCCGGCAAAGCAAGAAACAUUUAUGUGAGAUUUGAAAUGUACAUGUGCACACACAAAAUAAACCGCCAGGAUUGUGUCUUAAACAGUUUAUGACCUUUGGCUGAUAAAAGAAAACAUUUACGUGUUUACACGACCUUACAUGCUGCUGGGUUAUUAAGCGUAAUCAGCGUAAGAUCGUGCAUGUAAACACACUCAUUGUCAGCACAGAGUUCAGAGAUGCAGUAUUUUGAAUCGAAAUAAAGUUGAAAAGCCUUUAGGGAAGUCAUCAUAGCUAUGGCCAACAUCAUUAAAUGAUGUUUACUUUUUUCUAUUAUAAUGUUUUCACUUGGCCAUUUGCUCUCAUUUUGUUAGGAUAAUGUGUCUUGGAUGCACAUUGCAAUAAAAUAAAGCACUGUAAUAACAUGGUUUUCUACAAUUGCUUGUACGUUUGUGGUUUUGCCAUUAAAUGAACUUUGUCUCCAGUC